AAUUUCCCGGGAAUGCGACCAAAUGGUCCAAUGCGAUAUGGUUCUCAAAUGUACAUGGAGUCUCCAACGGGCACUCCUUUCCCUCCAAAUGCGAUGAUGCCAAAUGGUGCGAUAUGCUCAUCAACUCCUUCGAUGUUGUCAUCACCAGGACCACAAGGACCGAUGCCAACAGGACCUGACGGACAGGCCGAUCCACGGGGUUAUAUGAUGAUGUCGACUGCCUCGAAUAUACCGUAUGUGAUGCAUGGUUCUGAGGGCAGUAUGACCCCUGGAGCAGGUGGUAGAGGUUCAGCUGGACCUCCAGGAUCUGGACCCGAGCCACAGGUUGGUUCAUUAUUGAACGGUGAUGAAAUGAAACAGUCACCUGCUUCUACACAUGGUGGACUGAACGGUGGUACACCGAGCACAGCAGGUGGGCCAGGCCCCAUGGCAUCUGUUUCAAUUUACAACCCUGCACUCGGUAUUAACAAAGUGAAAACGGUCCAGUUGCCGCGAUUUCCUGAUGGCGGCAGUCAGGCACCGGUAGGUGGUCCAGGUUCAGUAGCAGGGGCCGGAGUUGGUGGUCCUGGUUCAGUACAUUCACAAUCUGGUGCACCUCCAAAUGCUGUAUCUGGUGGCAGUCAAGGUAAUGGACCAGGAAAUAGUUCAAACACCAAUUCAAGUUCUGGAGGACAAGUAAAUGAGGAAGCAAGUGAAAUAUCGAAAAUCAAGCAAAGUUUGUUCGAUGAUUUAAAACAUUUUGGUGCAAAGGAAGAUAACAAUGCUGAAAGUUAUUUUUCAUAA